CUACUUUUGCGCUUGACUUUUUGGCAGCCUGUGUGCACGCCCUUCGACGGUUAACGCUUCUCCGAGACGUUCUGAUACUACAGUGAUAGCAGAGGUACGAUUCGUAACAAAUGCGGCGCUUCGCGCUGUCGUCGAGGACCUUGGCUGCGAGGCCCCGCGUGGCUUCUGCACGCAACGGCGCGGCCGCACCCAGCCUCGUGCGCUGCGCCUCGUCGACGACGCCCGCAGCAGCGCUAAGAAUCAUUCAUGUCACGGACGUCUACACUUUAGAUAAUUUCCCGCACCUGAAGACGUUGAUCGUCGAAAAACGAGAGGAAUUUGAGCAGCAGCACGGCCCGGACGCCGUCACGAUCAGCGUGUUGACGGGCGACUUUCUGAUGCCCUACCUCCUCUCGGCCAUCGACAAGGGCCGCGGGAUGAUGAAGAUGCUGAACCGCACGCCCGUCGAUUAUUUGAUCUGGGGCAACCACGAAGAUAAUUUGUCGCCGGCUGAUGUCUUCGCGCGGGAGCGCGAGUACCAGGGCACAUGGCUCAACACGAACAUGCCGACGCACGAAACUGUCGAAGGUUCCGCGUGCCAGGCGACGCACGCGUGGCUCACGGUCGGCUCGAAACGAAUCGCCAUGCUCGGCGUCACGUCGCACACGUCGCCGAAGCCCGGCGCGUUCAACGGCGCUCAGAUCCUAGACCCCUGGGCGACGUUGGCGGAGUGGGCGCCGCGCCUUCAUGAAGAGGGGGCCGACCUCGUCCUGCCGCUGUGCCACUUGUACGAGGAUCAAGAUGAAAAAACGGCAAGGGACUUCGACUUUCCCCUCAUCCUGUCGGGCCACGACCACCAUAUAGUGGAUAAAGUGGUCGAGGGCACGCGCAUCAUAAAACCGGGCAUGGACGCGCACCAUGCCCAGAUCGUGGACUUAGUAUGGGAUCCGAAGUUGAAUAUCGACGCCCACGUCGCGCAAGUCGCGUCGUACAAAGCGGACGGCGACCUCGCCCUCGCCGCGGCGAAGGCGUAUGCGGUGUUGGAUAAGAUGCGCGAGCCGGCGCGGACGUCCCUUCACGCCACCGACGCGAAAUCUGCUCGACGGCGUCGAGCUUGAUAUCCACACAGGCGCCAUACGCAGCUGGCCGUCGUCCCCGAAAAAUACAGGCCGCUCUCAUCCGUCGAUUCGCGGGGCCAACUCGUGACGAUGGGCGCGUUUCUACUUUCCGAGAUCCGGGACGCUUUGAACGCGUACAGGGACACCGUGGAUUGUUGCAUCAUCAAGGGCGCGUCCUGCCCGCGCGCCGCCAAGGCUUAUGACGAUGACGCGUACGUCUCGCUAGAAACGUUGAGGGCGGAGAUCCAAGCCAAGGACGACGUGAACGUGUAUAAGCUUUCCGGUCAUGCGCUGUGUAGAGAUCUUGUCCCCGCGACGACGCCAUCGAGCAGACGUCGCGUUGAUGACGUGGGGUUCGACGCAAUGAUUCAGCGCGAAGGCGCCGUGAACUUACAUUUCCGCACAGGUCAUGCGCUGAAGCACGGCGUGCGUGAGCGGUGGGGCCACGCUAAUCCUGGAUAUAUGCAGAUCGACGACGGGAUUACGGUCGAUGGGGAGGGAUACGUGACGCACGUGCGGGGCGAACCAAUUGAUGAGGAGCGGAUAUAUCGGGUCGCGUCGUUUAAGUCGCUGGAGAGAGAGCGGGACGGCGAGAUAAUCGGAAAGGAGCUCGCGGCGCAUCCGGAGCGCAUGCCAGGCGAAGACGAUGGGGUCCAGUGCCACGCGUUGCUCGUGGGCCACUGGGCGCGGCGGCUCUGGGAGCGGAUCUACGCUUUGGCUGAUGCCGAUGGAGACGGGCGGCUGUCGGCUGAAGAAUUUGCCACGCUGGACUUGGACGGCUCCGGGCGGAUAAACCGAAAGGAAUUGAAACAUGCGAUCGCACGAGCUGGCUACGAAACGUUUUCGGGAGAGUAUACGCUCGUCGAGGCGGUGCUCGAGGCAGCUGGCGAUCUCGACGGGGACGGAAAACUAUCGCGCUGGGAGAUCAACGCGCACGCGAAGCAGGAGGUCGCGCGGCACCGGGCUCGAGACGUGGCGUAGUCAAUUGUAAAAUACCUUUGUAUGUAUUUACGCUCCUCA